AGCAUUUUUAAGCUGAAACGAUGAGUCUCAUCAAUACUCUUCCUCACAUUCUCCUUUCUCUUACCCUCUUUUUUACUACUAUCCAUGCAGCCACUUUUGAUGUUGUGAAUCAAUGUACCUAUACAGUUUGGGCUGCAGCCUCACCUGGGGGUGGGCGUCGUCUAGAUUCAGGCCAGACCUGGACAUUUGACGUAGCACCAGGCACCACAAUGGCUCGAAUUUGGGGCCGAACCAAUUGCAACUUUGAUGGCAACGGAUGUGAGACUGGUGAUUGUAACAAGGCUCUAGAAUGCCAAGGCUGGGGUUCACCACCAAAUACCUUGGCCGAGUUUGCACUCAAUCAGGCCAACAACUUGGACUAUCUAGACAUAUCUCUUGUUGAUGGCUUUAACAUCCCAAUUGAUUUCAGCCCCACUACCGGUGACUGUCGUGGAAUCCGAUGUGCAGCUGAUAUUAAUGGACAGUGCCCAGACCAGUUGCGGGCUCCUGGAGGCUGCAAUAAUCCUUGUACUGUAUUUAAAACCAAUCAAUAUUGCUGCACUGAUGGUCCUGGAAGCUGUGGCCCAACCGAUUUCUCCAAGUUCUUCAAGGAUAGGUGCCCAGAUGCUUAUAGUUACCCUCAAGAUGAUCAGACCAGCACAUUUACUUGUCCUAGUGGAACCAAUUACAAGGUUACAUUUUGUCCAUGAAUUCCUACUUUCUUUCAUGGGAGAAGAGAAUAGGAGUUAGUUAAUGAUAUAGAAUAAAAAAGAUUAAGAGCUCCCAUCAUAAACCCAAUAAGUUGACGCAUUUAUAUCCAUGCUAAUUACAAGUUACACAUAUAUUGUUACAGGGAUAUAUUACUGAUGCUAUUAAUAAAUUGUUUUUCCUUGAUUUGAAAAUUA